AUGAACGUCGCAAAUAGAUGGACAGGUCAAAAUUUGGAAUCAAGCUUAUUGCAAUUUAAAUAUCAACCGAAUUUUCGUUACUAUGAUUCACAGGCUGAUUACUAUCAUUUUUCUCUUUUAGAUACUUUAUCACAAAAUCAGGACGUCCUUCUGCCCACCAUAAAAAUUGAAAGCCCAACUGCUUUUAAUUUCCCUGAUAUAAUUCCUGACGAGGAUUCCAUUGUGUCACAAAAUUCCCAUCAUUCCUUUAGGACAUUUGAGGUGGAUGAAACAAUUCAGUCCAGUGAUAGUGAAUGCCCGGACACUGAGAGAGUCAAAUCCCUCUUUCUGCCUAAUCGAGUUUGCCCUUCACCAACAAAUUGUUAUCGAGAUCUAACCGCUCCUGACUACGCCUUCGGUUCUUCUUUCACUGAUGAAAUGAUGGCUGCUUACUACAGUGAUCCCUGGUCUUACUAUGACCCAAAUACAAUUGAUCCUGAUAAAGUAAAUGAACAUUUUGAGCGUAAAGAAGGAGGAGAAGAAGUGGAAGACGUUUUUCAAAUUGAUGACCCACCUUUUGGACCAAUCUCAGAAGAAGCUGAGGAAGAGCUUGCUGAAAUACAUCACAGUUUUUCAAGCACUUCUAUACUCACAACCACAACCACCUCCGAUUCCCAGCUGCCAAAACGCUCAGUGAAUAGACUUUUAUCUCGACAUCUUUCUCUUGAAGGUUUAAAAAAGAAAAAGAAUAUUUUGUAUGAUAAUUUUUCCUAUCUACAAUUAGAAGAACGCAGUGAGCCAAAACGCGUUCUUCACCAACAGGUGCCAAACGAAAUAAUGAUAUCCACCCAAUACGAAGAUAUUAGUCCGAUUAGUUGUGUUUAUCACAUUGAUCCAGUUAUUGAAGAAGGCUGGGGGUGUUUGCGACGUGUACAAGUCAAUGAGCCUCAAGAAAUAUUUCUGGAUGGUACUACUCCAACUCCGGGAAUUGAUUUUCAAGCGUAUGCAAUUGCUAAUUGGGGCCAAGCUAGCCCAUUAGACGAUGAAAGUGUUCGAAUAAUAGCUGGAUGUGAUGACGAAGAUGAUGAAAGUAUUGAGUUCUCGGAAGUGGAGGGUGAAGAACUCGGGACGAUUUCAGAAGAGGAAGAGAAAUCUGGUCUUCCACAAAUGCGAAGAUGUCAAAACUUCGAGAAUAUUAACAAGAUGAUUGUAACGGGAAGUCCUUUGUAUCCAGUGGCAGAAGAGGGAAGCAAUGAUGAAAGGGAGGCAGGCUCGGAAAGUCCUGCCUCGUUUGAUGAGCAAACACGACAUCGAUGGGGGCGUCGAACUUAUCAGGUAAUGAUUUUAAAAGUUAUUUAUUUAUUUAUUUAUAUCAAAUGGCAGGCGUCUUGA